GCGCAGUUACCAGUCGCUGCUGGGCGGCCGCCGGCGGGAUUGCUCUAGGGAGACGCGGGGACCAAGUGGCAGCGACUCGAACAUCUGAGCUGCCACCGCCGAAAACGGGCCCGCAAGGCAGAUAAUUAAUAUGCGUUUCCAAGGCUUUCGGCUAUGUUUGGGUCUUCUUUUCAUCUCAAUUAAUGCAGAAUUUAUGGAUGAUAAUGUUGAGAUGGAAGACUUUGAUGAAAAUUCAGAAGAGAUUGAUGCUAAUGAAAAUGAAUUCUCCUCAGAGAUUAAAUAUAAGACACCUCAACCUAUAGGAGAAGUAUAUUUUACGGAAACUUUUGAUAGUGGAAGGUUGGCUGGGUGGGUCUUAUCAAAAGCAAAAAAAGAUGAUACAGAUGCGGAGAUUUCUAUAUAUGAUGGAAGAUGGGAAAUAGAAGAAUUGAAAGAAUAUCGAGUACCUGGUGACCGAGGACUGGUGUUGAAAUCUAGAGCAAAGCAUCAUGCAAUAUCUGCUGUAUUAGCAAAACCUUUCAUCUUUGCUGAUAAACCUCUGAUAGUACAAUAUGAAGUAAAUUUUCAAGAUGGUAUUGAUUGUGGAGGUGCAUACAUUAAACUCCUAGCAGACACUGAUGGUUUGAAUCUGGAAAACUUUUAUGAUAAAACAUCCUAUACCAUUAUGUUUGGACCAGAUAAAUGUGGAGAAGAUUAUAAACUUCAUUUUAUCUUCAGACAUAAACAUCCCCAAACUGGAGUUUUUGAAGAGAAGCAUGCCAAACCUCCAGAUGUAGACCUUAAAAAGUUCUUUACAGACAGGAAGACUCAUCUUUAUACCCUUGUGAUGAAUCCAGAUGACACAUUUGAAGUAUUAAUUGAUCAGAUAGUUGUAAACAAAGGAAACCUACUAGAGGAUGUGGUUCCUCCUAUCAAUCCUCCCAAGGAAAUUGAAGACCCCAGUGAUAAAAAACCUGAUGAUUGGGAUGAAAGAGCAAAAAUCCCUGAUCCUUCUGCUGUCAAACCAGAAGACUGGGAUGAAAGUGAACCUGCCCAAAUAGAAGAUUCAAGUGUUGUUAAACCUGAUGGCUGGCUUGAUAAUGAACCGAAAUUUAUUCCAGAUCCUAAUGCUGAAAAACCCAUUGACUGGAAUGAAGACAUGGAUGGAGAAUGGGAGGCACCUCAGAUUUCUAAUCCGGCAUGUCAGAUUGGGUGUGGCGAGUGGAGCCCUCCCAUGAUAGGUAACCCAAAAUACAAAGGAGUAUGGACACCUCCAAUGAUAGAUAACCCUAACUACCAGGGUAUCUGGAGUCCUCGAAAAAUUCCUAAUCCAGAUUAUUUUGAAGACAAUCACCCAUUUCUUCUGACUUCCUUCUGUGCUCUUGGUUUAGAGCUUUGGUCCAUGACCUCUGAUAUCUACUUUGAUAAUUUUAUUAUUUGUUCGGAAAAGGAAGUAGCAGAUCGCUGGGCUGCAGAUGGCUGGGGAGUGAAAAUAAUGAUAGAAAAUGAUAAUGAGCCUAGUAUAUUCAAACAGUUGACGGCAGCUACUGAAGAGCGCCCAUGGCUUUGGUUCAUUUAUCUUGUGACAGCAGUGCUUCCAAUAGCAUUAAUUACUUCAUUUUGUUGGCCAAGAAAAGUAAAGAAAGGAUAUGAAGAUGCAGAGUUCAAAAAACUGGACAUAUGUAAACCACAAACAAAGGGAGCACUAGAGCAAGAAGUAAAGGGAGAGAAAGCAGCCCUGGAGAAACCAGUAGACUUGGAAGAGGAAAAACAGCAAAGUGAUGGUGAAAUUCUUGAAAAAGAAGAGGAAGGUGAACCUGAGGAAAAGAGUGAAGAAGAAAUUGAAAUCAUAGAAGGACAAGAAGAAGGUAAUAAAUCAAAUAAGUCUGGAUCAGAGGAUGAGAUGAGGGAAGCAGAUGAGAGCACAGGAUCUGGAGAUGGGCCAGUAAAGUCAGUACGCAAAAGAAGAGUACGAAAGGAAUGACCUGUAUUCAAGUAUUUUUAAUUCCUAAGAGAGAGAGUUGGCAUUCUCAAGUGAACUAGACUCAAUCUGCACAUCCUGUUUCUACUAUCUAGCAAUGAUAUUCUUUCAGACAUUUAUUUUAAUCUUAUUUUUCAGAAAAAAAAAAAACAACUUUGAAGUUAACCUGGUCUUUGAAUUUAGAAUAAAAGAAAAGUGGCACGUUACAUGUCACAUUUUAAGAGAUUAAUAGCAUUAGAAGUUACACAGUUUUAAUAGUUUGGAGAAAGUUUUGGUUUCUACAGAGCAAAAUAAUAUGCAGCCACUUCACUGCUAUUGGAAGAAUCAGUUAUUGGAAUUUCCCCUUAAACGGCUAUACUACAGUAUAACUGGUAGUUCCAUAGUAUAAAUAAGUGUGAGUUCUGUUGUACAGAGCUAAAUGCAAUAAAGUUUCUGCAUGGUUGUUUGUUUCUAUCAACAACCGAAAGUGUUGUAUGUGACCCACAUUUACCUCCUUUGUGUCAAAUUAUAGUUAUGGUCCAUUGUUCACGUAAAUUAUAGAGUCCUUUAAAGAGGUGCUUUGUUGACAGACAAAUCAACAAAACUGAAAUGUCUAUGUGUCAUUCAUAGAAUCACUGGUCAAUAGUGCAGCAUACUUAUAUUUGAAUACAGAGAUAAGAGGUUUAUCAAAACGAAAUGGUGUACAGAUUUUUUUGAAGCUGUUACAGUUGUUUUAUGCCAGAAUGGCUUACUCUGUUUACAAGAUUGCUUAUGCCUACAUUGCUCUUGAAAGUAACAUUUAAAUAUUUUUUCUUCUUUAAAUGAUACCAUCUUUAAUAGGUAAAUUAUUAUGGGGGAGUCUUUCUUUUAUCUGAUCAUUAAGAGAUUGUAAUGGCUAAUAGAUAUCAAUCAUCAUGCUUUGUAUUUUUAUCUUUUUUCCGACAAAGUCAAAUCUAUCUUCUGACAAAUUCAAAUCUAUUGUCUCAUCUAGCUUCAAAGCUGCCUCUAUGGUAGACUAUUGCUCCUCUUUUUAAAACACAGUUGACCCUUUUACAACAGAGGUUUGAACUGCGUGGGUCCACUUAUACACAGAUUUUGUUUUCAAUUAAUUCUAUAGAACUACA